AUGCAUCACCCCCACUCGGCCCAGGGCCUGCCGCCGCCAAACCAUCAUCCUCACCAUCCACAGCACCCGCAGCACCCGCAACAUCCACAACAUCCUCAGCACCCGCAACACCCUAGACCUGGACAGGUCCAGCAACACCAUCACCAGCCGCACCCCAGCUCCCCCCACCAGCCACCGCCAAACCAGAGCCCAGCUCAGGGACACUACCCUUCCCCUCAUCCCUCCCAGGCUCAAGGCCCUCCACCUCACCAGUCGCCCUACGUGCAGCAGAUCCAAGGUCCGCCGCCGCCGCCGCAGCAACAGCAGCAGCAGCAGCAGCAACAGCAAGAGGUCCCUUACUAUCAGGCGCACCCUAGUCCUUACAGCACCAACAGUGCGCCGAGUAACUACUCGUCUUCAGAAACACCUGAGCUCAUGGCUGCCGCAACCAUGAACCGGUCGGGGUUCCCUCCGAUCUCGUAUCACACACCUCAGUCUAACUCUCCUGCAUCUGUUCAGUCACCACAGCACGACCAGCAUGGAAGGCCCAUUUACGGCCAGCCACCAAGCCAGAUGCCUCAGUCAAUGUACUACACACCGUACGCUUCUGCACCUGUGCCUCAACAAUCACCUUACAGCCAGCACCCAUCCUCAGCUCCACAACAACCCAUGGCAUCAAACCCUCUUUUGAUGUCACACCAGCAAGGCCAGCAUAUGCAGCACCCCCACCAGCCUCACCCACGUACCCCAGGUAUGACUGGAAGCCCAAAGCCGCCUUUGUCGCAGACACCGCUGCAGCGCCCACCAUCAGGUCUCGGCCCGCCACAGCAGCAGCCUCAGGCACCUCCGGUUGGUACGCCAAACAUGCACCAGGGACCGCCUGCAGGUCCUGGCGUCAACCCCAACGCUGCGCCUGGCCCUAUUCCGGCGACAACACCACUUGUCGUACGACAGGAUCAGAACGGUGUUCAGUGGAUUGCCUUUGAGUACUCACGCGAUCGCGUGAAGAUGGAGUAUACCAUUCGAUGUGACGUAGAGUCGAUCAAUGUCGAAGAGCUUCCCGCGGAUUUUAAGACGGAGAACUGUGUCUAUCCUCGCGCAUGCUGCGCGAAGGAUUCAUACAAGGGCAACCGUCUCCACUACGAGACUGAGUGCAACACGGUCGGUUGGGCAUUGGCACAACUGAACCCCUGCUUGAGGGGCAAGCGCGGACUCAUUCAACGUGCAGUCGACAGCUGGCGAAACAGCAACCAAGAUCCUCGACUGAGGAGUCGCCGCGUCAGGAGAAUGGCGAAGAUGACCACACGAAAGGCUCAGUCUAACACACACGGUGCCCACAUGGCUGGUCCAGGUGGCCCAGGAGCACCCGGUGUACCCAACUCGGCAGCUUUGGCAGCACCGCCUCGCCAAUCGAACAUGGGCAUGGGUGCCCCACAGAUGCACCACCACCACGAUCAUCCAGGAGGACCACAGGGAGGACCGGAUGAUGUUAGCGGCAAUGAAUAUUCGGAGGCGCACACACAUCACCAUCAAGCCCCGAACGGGACACAGUCUCCGACCGACGUUCGGCAAACGCAGAACUUCUACCCCACAUUCCCUUCGGGUGAAUCAGUGGCGGCCUCGAGCGGUCUGCCGCCCAAUCACGAGGAUAUGAAGUAUCCUCCGCCACCGCACGCGACUGGUGUUUCCACAUCAAAGCAGCAGGAGCAGGAUGAGGAGGAGAGAAAGCUAGCUAUGUUCGGCGACUUACCCGAGUCGAAGCGUCGUAAGUUCAUCUUAGUGGAUGACGCACAGCGAGGCACUCGAGUUCGUGUUCGAGUCACUCUUGACACCGUUAAGAUGGAGGAGAUGCCAGACUCUUACCGCAAGUCCAAUUCUGUGUUCCCUCGCAGUUACUUCGCCAUGCAGAUGACCUCGCCACCAGCGAGCCCGCGAGGCAGCAAGGUCUUUGCAGACGAGCCAGAUCUUGAGAGUGAUCCAAGCUUUCCGUUGUCUGGCUCAACCACGGUCAUCGUGCCUUCUCUCGAUGGUGAGACACGUGUACCGAAGCCGCGUCUUACGAGGGUGAAGCGCUCGAAGGAGAUUACAUUGAACGACCUUGGCUAUCGCAUGAGCUGGAGCCAGAGUCGUGUCUUCGCAGGCAGGACAUUGUUUCUGCAAAAAUCUCUCGAUGCCUAUCGCAAUAAGAUGCGAAGCAGCAUGAUGGGCCAAGGCCAAGACGUGACCCAAGUAGCGCCACAUUUUGAGACCCGUGUCGGAAAGCGCAGGUGGAAUGACAGAAUCGAGCGAAACAAGAAAUCGAGGCGCGAUGGCUCUCCUUAA